CCGCCAACUUGAUCUAAACAUUUUUUUGGAUUUUUAGUGUUCUUCUUUGAUUUGUGAAAUCUCGCUUCUUAGGAAAGGAUCGCGUUGGAUAUUAUUGCACAUCUACUCAUGAAUGAUAAUGACCUUAGAUGGUGUAGGUGUUGUCAAUGAUCCGAAGCCAACCACUAAAGUUCAGAGUAAAGAAAAUACAACAGAAAGGAAAAACAGACAGGCCAAAUGUGAAAAUAACAAGGAAGAAACUGGGGAGACAAAUACUGAAGGAAGUUUGCCUCGAAGGCGAUGCAUAAAAAGACCGAGAAGGGAUUCUAGCCCAACUGGGUCUCCCCCUAGAAAAGCAGCCAAAGAGAAGAAGGUGACAGGAACCACACCGGAGACCAAACCAAGGAGGAAGCGUAUACGAGAUGCCUCAUCAAGACGUGUCUGGGAAAUAUGGAGUCUCGAAGUGAAAAAUGCAUUUUUUGAGGGUUUAAAUGAGUUUGGCAAAGACUUUGAUGCGAUUCACAAUCUAAUAACAACAAAAUGCAAGAAAAAGGGUGAAGAACACUUGGUGAAGAACAAAGAACAAGUCCGACAUUUCUACUAUAGGACGUGGCAUAAAAUUGCUAAAUAUGUUGAUAUACAGGAAGAAUCUGAAGUAAAAAAGACGACCCAGGAGUUAUAUGCUUUGAUAAACUAUGGGGAACUGAGGCGUAAAGUUCGAAAGUUAGAUGACAAGAACUUGGAUAAACUGCGAGAGCUCAUCAACAAAGGGAGCACCUCAGUAAAAGUGAAUGGCAAGAAUAUAAGAGUUAGGACUCCUGUAUGUAGAGCCUUGAAGAAACUCAACAACAUAGAAACUGAGACAAAACCUGAUGAGAACAUUGUAAAACUACCCGACUAUGUAACAAUAGAAUUCAAGCCAAAGAACAAUGAAUCAUGGGUAAGAGUACAAACACUGGCUCAGAAUCCUCGAUUGCGCAUGAAAGUGAAACUUGAUAAACGUGCGGGAAAUGUCCUAGAGUUCUUGAAGAAGAAAUGGAGAACACCAGAAGAGAAACAAAAUUUAGGCACGAGGCCUAACUCUGGAGAGAUCUUUACAGUCACCACACCCAGCAAUGUAACCAUGCACCCAUUGGUUCUCAAACCUAUUGCCAAGAAACCUAUAACUGGAAUAGGGUUUGAAGCCUACCAGGAACAAAUAAAAAUUCAGGGAGAUUUAACUGGUAAUUCUCCAAAAGGGAAAAAGUCGGAUAAAACAGAACAAUCACAGCUUGAUAGUAAAGGACAAAGUGACAAAACAUCUGAAAGAACUCUUGAAAAGGAGGCAGCGAAAGCUAAACAUGAAGAUCCGAGUGAACCCACUGAAAAAGAUCAAAUACCAGAUGGUCCAAACGAAUCUAGUGACAUUAAAAAUGAAAGGACAGAUGAUGCUGUUGUUAACACAAAAGGCAAUAUUCCAACCAUAAGUGCAAUCAAAACUGAUGAACCCAUCAACACUGAAUCUGAUACUGGUGUAAGGUUCACUGAAAUGAAAGAUACAAAAAUCUCUGAGACUAAACUUGAGGAUGAUACAACAAAGACCAACAAAAUGGAUGAUUCUAGUCAGGUAACCAAUAACAAUACAGAUCUUAGCCAUGAUAAACAAGAACCUAGUACUUCUGCAGGUGCUAGUGUUGAACCCAACAUCGAAGAUGGUGAAAAUGAAAAUACUAAACAAUUGGAAGUAGAUAUAGAAGGGAAAGUACAGGAGGGAUUAACACAUCUAAAUGCUGGAAAAAUCACAAUUGCAGAGAUUUACCUUAUAUUAGGCAAACCAGAUGUGAUAACUUUGGAAUAUGAGUGGAGAAAGGUGAAAAAUACUGAGAUGAUAUAUUUAUCGAAUUUAAUGAACUCUCUACAAAGACUUAUAUACCUCGCAAGAGCUGAACACAGUGAUCUGAAUCGUUUGAAGGAAAUUGGGCGUGGUGCUACACCAAUUUUGUGCCAGUGUGGUAAACUUAAGCCAAAGUUUUCAUCCCCUGUCAAAGGUACUAAAAGUCCUACAUCAAGGGCACCUGGGAAAAGAGGUGUUAGAAGUCCGAAUACUUCAAAGGGAUCACAGAGGAUUAUCGCUCCUAAUGCAAACUCACCAACAAGUCCAAAGGUCUCAGUUUCACCAACACGAGAGAAGGCCGGAAAGGAUACUGUAUUUAGAGUGCCUAACAAAGUGCCACCAGUUAAACUUAUCCCUACUGCAGCUUCCAAUAUGCCAGAGCAGAGAUUAUAUAAACAGUUCAAUAAUGUAGCAGGCAAUAGAGCGAAUGACAUCAUCAUGGCGAGACCAAGGAGACAGAGGGCGCUAGUGCGGAGACCCAUGGUGGUACAAAGAACAUUGCUCCCAAAGACACAAGUGCCCCACCGUCAGAUGGUCACUCUAACUAUGCUCCCUAACUCUCCCCACAUUGCUGGCACUGGGUCGUUUAUGCCACUUAAUCAAGCUGGGGCAGGAACUCCACCAGCUGGGAUAACUCCACCAAAGAUUGCACCAAAUUACAAUUCAUCAAACGGGUCACCUAUCCUCAUCCAAAAUUCUCACCAGGUGGCGCCAGUUGGGCAAGCAUCUACGACGAGUGUGGGGUCUCCAUUAAUGAUGCAAGGACCAAUAGUGACAUCACAUCAGAUGACACGUACCGAUUCCCCUAUUAUAUUUAUGAAUGGAGUCGGAUCACCAGAUCCUGGUCGUCAAGGGUCACCCAUCACAAUACAGGGGAUGCCACAGCAGGCUGUCAAUCCCAUCAGCCCUGGCCCCAAGGAGAUUGAGAUCUCAAUACCAGAGAAUGGUGGCCCAUCAGUCAAUAUGCCAAAUCUUUCAUCUCUCUUGGAUAUAUCCAUGCCAGGUUUUGAUGGUGAGCGGUCCAUGAGCUUAGAUGGAGAUGUAAGUCUACAGGAUAUGCUAGCUCAUGCCAUCAAGAAAAGCGGCAUUGCCCAAACCCCUAAAAAGAAUCAACAACCUGAAAAUCCUAUAUCCCCAAAUAAAUCCUUGUUCAAAAUAUGUCCACCUUCCCCCGGUCCAGAAACACAAUGGAUGAACUCAUUGAAUGGAAUGGGGGAUUUCUCGUUUAGUCAGUUGCUUGGUGGGGAUGCAUCUCCAGAGAAACGUGGACAGUUGGAUUUGCCAUCAGCAGUUCUCAAUGAUGCAUCUCGUGAUUCUGUUAACUCGAGAUUCGAUGUUGAUGUACAAUCAGCCAUGCAGACUAUGUUCAGUGAAAACAGCCUCGAUUUUGGCAACAAAUUUGCAGAUCUUGCAGCACAAGUCGCUGCAACCCCAGAGACCCCACGCAAACACAAUGAUUUGGUAUGAUUAAAGAUAAGGACCCCUUGGAAAUAUGAUCUAUGUUUUGCUGAUCAUGGGACAACAACAAAGACCUCUUCUAAACAUAAUUGCAAGAUGAGCAUCAGGACCCCUAAGACUCUUCAACUGGUUCUAACAUCUAUAUGUUUUUUGUGAUAAAUAAUCUAACUGCUGCUGUUGUCGUAAACAU